AUGGAUAAAAGAAAAUUGAAAUUCAGAGGUGGUUUACAUAAGAAUUUAACGAGUCAAAUAUCAAGAAAUGAUAUAUUUCAAACGAAAUCCUUAAUUGAACAAAUAUCAAAACCUAAUAGUCCCGUACUAACUGGGAAUGCCUUUUUCACUCAAAGUCAAAACAAAUUAUCGGAUGAUGAUAUAUUUUCCAAAAAUACAUACGAAGCAAAAUUAAUAAAUGAAAAGUUAUCAUGUAAACGCAAAUUGUCAAAUUGCACUAUACCAAGCAAUAGUGAUGAUAAUUUGGAUUUUCCUUUGGCAGAAUCUACUGUUUUAAAAAAGAGGAAAGAUAAUUGUAACACUACAUCGAAUGAAUGCAGUCAUAAAAGUUUAUCAAAUGUUUUAACAGUCACAGAAAAGAAUGUUAAUGAAAUUUCUACUAAAAAGUGUAAAUUUGUAGAAUUUUUAUAUGAAUCAGGCAUUGAAAUAAAUUCAGUUCCACAUAUACUUAAUAAGGACAUCAUAAUAAUUAGAAAGAAAAUGAAAGAAUUAUUAAAUUGCAAGAAAUAUGAAAAAAUGGAAUUAAUUUCUCUAAUGGAAAAAUAUUUUGAGAAUGAACAAAAUCUUAAAAAUGCUUUAGCUGAUAUGGAGUUACUUGUUAAUAACGAAGUGCCAAAUGUUUUAUGUACUCCAUCUCUUAUAAAAAUUCUGUUACAAGUUUCAGAACUACAUCCAGAAAUAUAUAGCAGUCUUUUAUCUAAACUCAAUGAAGCUGUACUUAUGGUUGAUUCCAUUGAAUCAGUACCAUGGGCUCUCUUAUUAUUGCAUCAGUUUCGUUUUUUAGAUGUUGUAAUUAAUUCUGAUGCUUUGAUUAAUAGCUUAGAACAACUUUUAGCAUCGUGCCCUUUGUGGUUUCAAAAUGAAUUAAUUAUGUUCUUACCUGAUAUUAUAACUGAUAAACAACAUCAAACAGUUGCUGAAAUUCUAAAUAAAAUUUUAAAAGAGAAUUCUGCAUUAAUAAAUUUAAUAUUAAAUUGUAUGACUAAUUUAAAUCUUGAAAAAGAAUAUUUGGAUGAGUAUAAAGAAGAGACAUUAAAUUCUCUGACAACAACUGUUAAAAUAAAUGCAAUAGCAGCUAUUGUAAAGUUUGUUUUAGAAGAUUGUGCAAAUACAGAAAUUUUUGAAAAAACAUUAAAGGUGUUACGCAAUACUCAUAUACAACCUCUUGUUGGAGAAGACAUUGAAGAGUGUUAUCAAAGUCAAUUAGAUAUAGUCAAUACACUAAAAAUGAAUAUGUUACAUUCAAAAAAUGUAGUAAAUAAAACUAUUACACUUAUAAAAGAUAUUAUUAAAGAUCCAAAACCAUUAGAUAUCAUUCUUUUACUUCUUAUAUUUUCAACAACAAAAAUAAAGAAAAAAACUAUUGAAACUAUAUUUAAACAACAUAUACGAUCUGGAUUUUAUAGAACAAGUUUACUAAAUUUACUAUAUAAUGAUUAUAAAAAAGUCUUACAAGAAUUACAACCAACUGCAUUACAAAUAUCAACUAAUUUAUUAAAAGCAAAUGAACGUGUAUUUAUUGACUUCUCCAUUGAUUGGUUGUGUUUACAGUUUAAAUGUCAUAAAGAGGAUGUGUUCAAACAACGAGAGAUUGUAGAAAGAAUUAUAUUCCUUAUGGGUGAUAGUGAGCAAACAGUUAAAAAUACUUUGACAUUUCUUCGUAAAAUGGUAGAGAAAGAAGAGUACAGGCAGUAUUUAACACCACAUUGUAAUCAUCUUCGUAUUUUACUUGAAAAGAUGGAUAACUUGAAUUUAAAAGAAGUUGGUACUUUAAAUGAUGUAUUGCAACAUUUAUGUACAAAUACUAAUUCUAUAGGUGAUUCUUUACGUGAUGACUUAUUUAUACUACUACAAAAGCAACUUUCUUAUUUCAAUCCACUCACAAAAAGUAAAGGUGUAUUAGGUGCAGUAAUGGCAAUAAAACAUCUAAUGCAAGAUGCAGAAGAGUCUGAUGCAGCUUAUAACUUAUUUAAGACAGUAUUAAAUAAUGUGAAGAGCUGUCCCAGAUCACAAGCUUUAUUUUAUGAUCAAUUGAUUUGUAUCAUAUCACAAACUCAGUGUAUUAAUACAAAAUUUAUGAAAAAUCUCACAGAUUAUAUUGAAGAAGAAUUUGUUAAUGCAAAUAUGAUUGACAAGACAAAUUAUAAAGGAAAAUUAGUUCCAAAAUUUGGAUUGAAUAAAGUUGAAGAUGAGCCACAAAACUGUGUUUUAACUUUUGAAGAUAAAAAAUAUGGAGCAAUUAUACCAAUUUCUUUCAAACUCCUCAAAACUUGUUGUAUUAGGCUUAGUCAAAAUGAAAAUUUGGACGCCAUAGAUUCUCUUCUGGGAUGUGCAAUUUUAAUGCCAGAAGAUCUUGAGAUAGCAGAAAAUUCAAUAAUAGAUAUAGUAAUAUGUUGUAUUAAUUGGUUUCGAGAAGUGAUCAGUGGUUUUGUAACACAAAAAGAUUUUUUGUUACAAAAACAAGUAAUGCAACGAUUAGACAAUUUAAUAGACUUACAAAGUGAAUUAAGCAGAUUAUUUUCUUUAUGUGAUACCAAAUAUCAACCACCUCCGUGUUAUUUUCAUCAGUUUCCACUACCACCAUUUGUAGGAAUAGAUAAAAAAAUUGGCAAAAAAGGGAAAAAGGGAAAGAAACAGCUUAAAGAAAAAUCUGUUAGUUUUAACGAAAGUCAAGAUUGGGAAUUGGGUUCUUUAAUAUGUUCUAAAAAUCCAAUUUAUUUUAGAAAAUUUGAUGCAAUGAUAGUACAUCUAUUUGAUGUACAAAUGGAAAUGGAUACAUCACAAUCUGUAGGACACAGUAUAUCUAUAAAACAAAUACGUUUUAUUAUUCAAGAACUAUUAGGAAUGUUUGAGCACAAUACUAAUGAAAAAUUUAUAAAAGAUUUAAUUGAAUUAUUACCAAAAAUUUGUGCAAAAUUACGAGAUAUUAUUGACUCUUUAAGAGAAGAGGAUGAUAGUCAAAACAGGGCAGCUGUUCGAUUAUUUUUGUGUCUUUUAACAAAAAUUUUUAGUUGGAAAGGAUUUGAAAGUGUCACUUACAAUAUAUUAUUACGUGAGGGUUUACGAAUUUUAGCAAGUCAAAGUGAUCAAAACAAUAUCAGGUUAAGAUCUUGCAAAGAACUUGUUACAGAAUCUUGCAGAUAUUUCGAGUCUUUAUCUGAUAUUGUUACACAGAUAUCCUUAUCAAUUUCACUAAUUAAUGUGUGUCAAUCAUUAAUGAAACAUUCUGCAUCUUACACUAAACAAAAUAAAGAAAAGUAUGCAAAAAUGGCAUAUGAUUUUUUAUGUCUUCAAUGGCCAGAAGAUAAUCAUUCUAGUAUGCAAUAUAAAUCAGCUGUAAUUGAAUUGUUAAAUAAUUGGAUUAAUAAUGAAAUAUUACCAUUACAAACAGUUACUCUAAUUCUGGAUUGGUUACCAGAUGAAAUUUCAAAAUUGGAAAAACCUCAGAGCAGUUUAAAUAAAAUACCUUCAAUAACAAGGAGUACUUUCCAUUUUCUAUAUAAGAAGAUGUUUGAUGGUUUAAUUAAUGGUAUAAAAAUAGCAUUGCCAAUGGCUGAUAGAGACCCUAAAAGAAUAGAACUAUGGUAUGAAGUUGCAAAAAACGUUCAAAAAUUAGUUCAAAUUUGUAAAACAUUAACAUCAAAAAAUAAUGUAUUGAUCUUUUUAAAACAUAUGCCUAUAUUAUUGAAAUCCUUUUUAAAUCUUGGAAUGCCAAUUCUGGAACAUAAUCUGAAAUAUCAAGCAGAAGAUGUAACUAAAAUAUUAAAAAUGAUGCAAAGCGGAACACGAUAUUUACAUACUAUAUGUUGCGAUAGUGCGGAAAAGAAAGAUCUUACAUUAACAAAAUAUAUUCCUGCAGCAAAAUCUAUAUUGGAAAAAUUAAUUUACUGUGUAACAGGAAUGCUAGUAGGUAAUCUUGUUAACAAAAAUUUAGAAGGUCAAGAAAUUUUUUCUCAGAAUCAAUCAUCAGAAGAAAGUAUUGCACCAAAUUCUAACAUAAUUGAUGAUGCAACUAAUAUAUCAUCAGAUAUAUUAGAAAAUGAUUCUAGCGAUGACCUUAAUAAUGAAGAUGAUAUGCUAUAA